CCUUCUAUAUUAAUGCUUUUUCAGUCCCCGUUUAAACACAUGCUCUUCACCUCUACGCUCAGCUUUGCCUAAAACCACCCAAAUGGCCGUCACCACCAUAUUCCUCUCUUUUUUGUCUCACAUUUAAAUGCAAAUCCACAGCGCUUUCCAUAAAUUAAGCUUAUUCAUCUCCAUUCACCACUGCCAUGCCAAGGUGCAGCAGGUGUUGCUUGCACCACUCCAUGAAAAUAGUGAAUCUCAUCAUGAAUUUUCUUGGGAUUGCAAUCAUUGUUUACUCCCUUUGGCUCCAAAAGAAGUGGAAUAUUGGUGUUGCUCAAUUGGUUUCUUUUCCUUCUAUUCCCAACCCUUGGUUUAUAUAUACGUGUUUUGGUGUGGGAAUUGCUGUGUGCUUGAGCUCACUAUUCAGUUUCAUUGUCUCUAAUUGUAUCAGCACAUCUAUACUUUGUAUUUAUAUUUUCAGCGUUUGCUCCCUUCUUUUUCUGGAAAUUGCCGUGAUUGUCACCAUUUUCUUCAAGAAUGACUGGAGUUCGCUGAUUUCAAAAUACAUUGAUGAGAAUCAUGAAUAUUUCAAGAACUUUGUUGUCUUCCAUGAAAAGAUGUGUCGCUUGAUUACUCUUUUGAUUCUAGUCCCACAGGUUGGUGUAAUAGCAUUAGCAAUAAUUUUAUGGAGGGUUGGGAUUGAAAGAAUAUCGGAGAGGGAGCAAUCAGGAUUAGGGGAUUUUACGACAUCCUUCCUGGUGGGAACAGGGCCUGCCAUUCUCAAUAACAACACCACUAUCCUUUGCGGGAGAUGUGAGGUUUUACGCUUAGUGAAUCCAACGAGACCAACCUUCUUUUCAUAUCUAAAUAUGCUUUUUAGAAUGCAUUUACAAGCAAGGCCUUUUCUUACUUAACAAAAAAACUUUUUGUCUCAAUUCUUAAUAAUAAUAAUAAUAAUAAUAAUUAAUGGUGGGGAUGAGAUUGUUUAA